GAACAAAACAAACAAUAUGACGCUGCUAAAUUCUGCUCAAGUGGAUCAGAAUCGUCCUGCUUCUUCGACUUCUUGCUCCAUGAAGCUCGAGAGGAAAGUUGUGGAGAAAAAUAGAAGGAACCAUAUGAAGACUCUGUACUCCCGCCUCUACUCUCUCCUCCCCACUUCUCGCUCCAAUCAGGGAUCAGCUGCUGUGGGAAUCUCGUCCUCGACGUCGCCUGGAUCAGGAGUUGCUGACCAGAUAGACGAGGCAAUAAGCUACAUAAAGAGCAUGGAAUCGAAGCUGAAGAAAUUGGAGGAGAAGAAAGAAAGUCUAGCGGCGAGCAGAAAGAGACUGCGCAAAUGUAGUAGCGGUAUAUGUUGUAGUGAUGGACCGAAGUCAAAGGGGGCGAGGAGAUGGUCGGCGGCGCCGGAAUUGCAGAUCCGGGAAGUGGGUUCUGUUGUGGAGGUGGUUUUGACAAGUGGGUCCGGGUCGGGCUGUGAUGAGUCCAUGGUGCUGUUUCAGGAUGCGAUCCGAAUUCUCGAGGAUGAAGGCCUUGAAGUUCUGAAUGCUAGCUUCGCUGUAGCUGGGAAUUCCACUUUCUUCUCUACUCUUCAUGCAAAGAUAGAGGAAUCUUGUUUCAGCUUUGAAGGAGCAAAAGCGUCGGAAAGGCUGCAAAGGUUAGUUUAUGGGUCUGUAAGCGAUCAAGAAUUGGAGGCAGAGUUAUGGGACCUGGGUCCUGGAGAUUCAUACUGAUACCUGGUAGCUGCUUCAUAUAUACUUGUAAUUCCUUGAUAGCCUAGACAACCAUUUAUCUUUAGAGUCCAUGUAAUGGAAUUGUACUGAAGAGUAUAACUUCUGUAGUUUCUGUCUCUGAGAUUUCAUCUCUCGGAGAUUCAUACUGUAGUUUCUGUCUCUCAGACCCUUCUCCACUAUUUUGGAUAGUAUUUAUGGUUCUACCUUUUUCUUAGCAACGGGC